AAUGACUCUUGGAUGUGCAAAGCUUGACAAGCAAGUUGCCGAUUGGCUCGCUUGGGAUAAGAAUGAUAAGAAUCGUAAUGAAAUUCAAAAGCUGGUUGAUGAGAAGAACGUUGAUGCAUUGAAAGCUCGUAUGGAUACUCGAUUGGUUUUUGGAACUGCUGGUGUCCGUUCUCCAAUGCAAGCUGGAUUUGGACGCCUCAACGAUCUUACAAUCAUCCAAAUCACGCACGGAUUCGCUCGACACAUGCUGAACGUCUAUGGACAACCGAAGAACGGAGUCGCCAUCGGAUUUGAUGGACGUUACAACAGUCGACGUUUCGCAGAGCUCUCGGCGAACGUCUUUGUUCGUAACAAUAUUCCAGUUUAUCUUUUCUCUGAAGUCUCUCCAACUCCUGUUGUCUCGUGGGCAACGAUUAAGCUGGGAUGUGAUGCUGGACUUAUUAUUACUGCAUCACAUAAUCCAAAGGAAGACAAUGGAUAUAAGGCGUACUGGAGCAAUGGAGCUCAGAUCAUUGGACCACAUGACACGGAAAUUGUUAGAAUCAAAGAGGCCGAGCCACAGCCGAGAGAUGAGUACUGGGACUUGAGUGAACUCAAAUCUUCGCCACUUUUCCAUUCAGCUGAUGUUGUAAUUGACCCGUAUUUUGAAGUUGAGAAAUCGUUGAACUUCACUAGAGAAAUCAAUGGCUCAACUCCGCUGAAAUUCACGUAUUCCGCGUUCCAUGGAAUCGGCUAUCACUACACAAAACGAAUGUUCGCCGAAUUUGGAUUCCCAGCUUCAUCGUUCAUUUCGGUGGCCGAGCAACAAGAUCCAAACCCAGAUUUUCCAACAAUUCCAUUCCCAAAUCCAGAAGAAGGACGAAAAGUGCUCACGCUGGCGAUGGAAACUGCCGAUAAAAAUGGAUCGACAGUUAUUUUAGCCAACGAUCCAGACGCCGACAGAAUUCAAAUGGCCGAGAAGCAGAAAGACGGCGAAUGGCGUGUGUUCACUGGUAAUGAGAUGGGCGCUCUCAUCACUUGGUGGAUUUGGACAAACUGGAGAAAAGCGAAUCCGAAUGCUGAUGCAUCAAAAGUAUACAUUCUGAAUAGUGCUGUGUCCUCACAAAUUGUCAAGACAAUUGCUGAUGCAGAAGGCUUCAAAAACGAGACCACCCUGACCGGAUUCAAAUGGAUGGGAAAUCGAGCCGAGGAGCUCCGUGCCGAUGGAAAUCAGGUCAUUCUGGCGUGGGAAGAAUCGAUCGGAUACAUGCCAGGGCAUACCAUGGACAAGGACGGCGUGUCCGCUGCCGCAGUUUUCGCCGAAAUCGCCGCUUUCCUUCACGCGGAGGGAAAAUCGUUGCAAGACCAGCUGUACGCUCUCUACAAUCGAUAUGGCUUCCAUUUGGUCAGAUCCACUUAUUGGAUGGUACCGGCUCCGGAGGUCACCAAGAAGCUCUUCAGCACAUUGAGAGCCGAUCUGAAGUUCCCGACGAAAAUCGGAGAAGCCGAAGUGGCAUCCGUGAGAGACUUGACGAUCGGAUACGACAACUCAAAGCCCGACAAUAAGCCCGUUCUUCCACUCUCGACUUCCUCGGAAAUGGUGACUUUCUUCCUUAAAACUGGAAGUGUCACUACUCUCCGAGCAUCUGGUACUGAGCCAAAAAUCAAGUACUAUAUUGAACUCAUCACUGCUCCGGGAAAAACGCAGAAUGAUCUGGAAAGUGUGAUUUCUGAGAUGGAUCAACUCGAGAAGGAUGUCGUCGCUACACUUUUGAGACCACAGCAAUUUGGACUGAUUCCAAGAAAAUAAAAAUUUUUGUCUUGAAUAAGAAUCAAAAAAUGUUUAUAAAUCUAUUUGCAUUCCGAUAUAUUGUAGUCUUCUUCUAUUGUGAUAAUUAAUUUUUCAAUUUAUUUCCCCAAUAAAUUACUGAACGUUCU